AUGAAUACCACACACUUUGCAUUUUCAUUUCAGCCUGUGCUGCUUAAUGUCACUGAAGAAUUCAACGACUCGAUUGUGAACAACAGAAGCAGCGAUGGAUUUUGUGAGCAAGUCUUCAUAAAAGCUGAGGUUUUCCUGACUUUAGGGAUCAUCAGCCUCCUGGAAAAUAUCCUUGUCAUUCUUGCAGUGCUGAAGAAUGGAAACCUACAUUCUCCCAUGUAUUUCUUCCUUUGUAGCUUGGCUGCAGCAGAUAUGUUAGUGAGCAUGUCAAAUGCCUUGGAGACUAUUAUGAUUGCAAUCCUGAGCAGCGGCUAUUUGAUCAUUGAUGACCGCUUUAUUCAGCAUAUGGACAAUGUUUUUGACUCAAUGAUUUGUAUUUCUUUGGUAGCCUCAAUUUGCAACCUCUUGGUUAUAGCCAUUGACAGGUACAUAACUAUUUUCUAUGCUCUCCGUUACCACAGCAUCAUGACUGUGAAGAAAGCUUUAACUUUGAUUGUGGUCAUUUGGAUUGCUUGUAUCAUCUGUGGCAUCAUGUUCAUUGCCUACUCAGAAAGCAAAACUGUCAUUGUCUGUCUCAUCACCAUGUUCUUUACCAUGCUUUUUCUCAUGGCCUCCCUUUAUGUUCACAUGUUCUUGUUUGCCCGCCUUCAUGUUAAGCGGAUUGCAGCCCUCCCCGUGGAUGGGGUUCCCUACCAGCGAACCUGCAUGAAGGGAGCUGUCACCAUCACUAUAUUACUUGGUGUCUUCAUUGUUUGCUGGGCACCUUUCUUCCUUCACCUCAUUCUCAUCAUUUCUUGCCCAAUGAAUCCAUACUGCAUCUGCUACACUUCACACUUCAAUACCUAUCUGGUCUUGAUAAUGUGCAAUUCAGUAAUUGAUCCACUCAUUUAUGCUUUUCGGAGCCUGGAGAUGAGAAAGACUUUCAAAGAGAUGGUGUGUUGCUGUUACGGCGUGAGUGUGGGACAGUGCAUGCUGUAA